CUCACUCCUUUUCGCUCUCCAUCUUUUUCUUCGCUAUCACCAUUCUCACUCCCGCCUCCCUCACCGUACUCGAUCCUCCUAUCUCAACCUCAGCGUGGUCCUCCCAUUAUCAUGGCGUCGAUUCUCUUUGACGAUAUCUCUUUCCCACGGGAGCUCUAUGACCCCGACACACUUGAUUUCGUACCCCCCGUCUCAACCCUCCUCGCCUUCACGCCCCACAUCCUCUCCCAGCUCUCCAAGAGCUCCGAACAGGACCAGGAACCCAUGCCGGUGCCCUCCUCCGCAUCCAGCGCUUCCUCAGCAACCGACCCGGACAAAGACAAGGGCAAGGACAAGGGCAAGGACAAGGGCAAGGACAAGGGCAAGGACAAGGACAAGGACAAGGACGAGGACAAGGAUCCAAAAGCCGAGUCGACAAAGACCUCAUCAGGCUACUUCUCGACCUUCCAGAAUAUGGCCUCUAGUCCAGGGACACAAAAGAUCCUCGAGAACGGACUCUAUCUCGCAGGACGGUACAUGCAGGGCACAGCCUCCUCUUCAUCGAACUCCUACGGCCGAUCCUCCUAUGACGAACGGGAGUGGGAGCGGGAUCGGGAUCGGGACCGAAACACCAGCAAUUACAGACAGCAGAACCAGAAAUCUUCCUGGUUCGGACGAGCUAAUCAGGACCGGGAUCGAGAGCAAGAACGGAUGCAUGAGAUGGAACAGCGACUACAACAGAUGGAGCGGGAACUGCGCCAGAAUGCUGCGACGGCCCGCGCAGACUUGGACGCUCGCCGCCAGGAACGUGUGCAGUUGGAGCAGGAGCUUGUGGCUCAGAAGAAGAAGGUUAAGAAGCUGGAGGAGGAGCAACGGAGACAGGAUCGGGAGCAGAAAGAAAAGGAAGAGGCAGCAGCCAAGAAGAAGAACAGCAGCAACAACAAAGACAAGAGCGAACAGGGUGAUACUGACAAGACGACUCUGCUCAAGAAAUCGGAUGCGGAUGCAUCGACUAUGGCUUCGAAUCCGGUGCUGAUGGCCUCAGUCGGCGCAGCCUCGCUGGUCAUGUCACUUUACUCGGCCCACAAGGCUUCGUCCAUAUACUCGGUUAUCAGUUUUCAUCACCAGCUGGAGCAGCUUAUGACACAGUGCGAGGCGGUUGUCUACUCGACCGAGGCAUGGAUCAGUGAGCAGGUCCUGGAGGUACCAGGACAGAUCCGUGAGGAUUUAAAGAUGAUCAAGGAACUGAUCGAGACCAUCCAGCGACUCGACCCUCGCUCGGAGAAAAAGGCCGAGACUGUGGCAUGGUCGAUGUCUGCAGUCGGUUCACUGGGCGCUGUCGGAGGUGCGGUCCUCGGGAGCAUGACCGCCAUGGCCAGCGGCGGUACUCUUGUACUCGGCUGUGCCCUAUACGGCAUCAUCUCCCGCGCCCGCUACAACGGCCCGGAGUACAAGGGCGCCAGGACCAUGAUGGAGCAUAAAGCUGCCCAGAUUUUAAAGUCCUUGGGUGCGAACCCUGUUGCUGUGUCAUCAUCGUCUUCUGCCAACAAAACCGCUAGCGCAAUUGCUACUCGAACGUCACUGAUUCACGACAGCAGGAUUGAGCGUCUGCGGCUCGAGUUUGAGAAGCGCGAGAGAAAAGAUGCGAGCGAGAUUGAUGGGCGGGGGGUCGAGGAUGCCAUAAGGGAGUCGCUAUCGGCCUCUGGAGUGGGCGCAAGGGCAUGGCAGCAAAGUACCAGUGUACCUGCUGUAAAUGAGAUUAAGGAGGAGGUACGACCGACGCUAAAAAUGAAGAAGGAACCGAGGACGGAGGCAUUUGCCUAUGCAUCGUAAUCAUCUUCUUAUCACACUAUAUACCUUAAUCUGUGAAAUAAAUGAUAGCGUGCAGCUUCCUUGAAAGUGAGAGCAACGCAGGGGUCCAGCAGCGAUUCAUUUCUCUGCUGUUGGUCUUAAC